GGUCUCUUAGUGAAAAGGACCCUGGAGAGGAGGACAGGCUUGAGGAGCUGCGGCCAGACGUGCUUUUCCAGCCCGUCUCCCACCUCCCGUUGCCUUUCCUUUGCGGAGGGCCGGGCCACCCUUGGUCCUCUCAGGGGGUGUCUUCCCCGCCUUCCUCUUCUCCUCAAGGUCCUCCUGCCUCCUCCGCCCAGCUGUCAAAGCUGGUGUCUUUGUUCCUGGCUCCCAGGGCUGGAGCUUGUCCCCUCUCGCCCUUCUCCCUUCGGGGCCAAACAGGUGUCUGUCUGGAAAAGGGAGAGAGAGAGAGAAAGCGAGAGUUGGAGGCGCGCUGCGGGCAAAGGGUUAAGGGCGCCCGCUUCCGCGCGGCUUCCCGUCCUCAAUGGGCAUGUGCGAGGAGGCAUCCGCACAUGCCCAUUCAGGCUGGAGCCUGGGCAGUUUCUCUCCUCGCAACGCCGGGAGAGCAAGAGCAUCGUACGGAGAGAGAGGAAGGAGGCAGAUAGUCAAGGAAGCCGUUCAAGCGAACGCGAGGGAGAGGGAGAGGCGAGAGGGAGGGAAUCGAGGCAAAAAGGAGGCGGAAUCGCAGAGAGGUUUCUGCCUGCCAGCAUCACAAGCCCCGCCAUGCCUUGAUCGCGGCGCCCGCCGUUUGCUUUUCAUGACACCCGGGUUGCCGGGUCUGGGCGCGGAUGGGAGCGGGGCGGGCCGCCUUGGGAGGGAGGCUGCAAACUUUGCCAUGCGCCAGGUGUCCUUCCGCCGCCCGGCGCUCCCUUCGCCCGCUCGGCCCUCCCUGGGCACCGCCUCCGCCGCCGCCCGGACGACACACGCCGGCAUGGACCUGACUUGAAGGAGGAUCCCAACUACAGCCUACUACCACCCUCGCCCCACGUGCCGCCGAGGAAGGAAGGCAAGAAGGAAAGAAGGAUCCUUGUCCUCUUGAUUAAUCCCAGGGCAUUGGGACAGACUUCCACCUAAGUUGCGGCUUGCAGGUAACCGGUUGCGGGUUCGCUUUUCGUGGGGAGGUUGGACCCAGCUCACACGGACGGCGAGCCCUCGGGGUCUGGAUCCCGCAGAAGAAGAUUUGCGGGAAGGCCGCCCUUCCUCCCGCUCUGCAGGUGCGCCACCCGGAUCUCCUCCUGGGUGGGUCCGCCGCCUUCCGCCUCUUACCACGGGCUCCUAAUCCUGGAGCAGACACAGCCACCUAGUCAGCUUUCUCUCUCUCUCUCCAUGUAUGUGUGAAUGAUGGUUUAAGCCGUGCCCCCCUCCUCCAUUCCGUCCUCCUUUUCCUCCCCUCCGAGUCGCAUUAGUCAGCAAGUGUGCCUCGCCCCCUCCCCACAACACACCGACACCCUCUUCCCUUGGGCUGCUUUUGAAAAAAAAAGCCCCCCAUUUCCACACUACUCCUUCCAAGGGCAGCGAGCAUUAAAAAAGACACACACACUCACAAUACCAGCUUGGUUCCUGACACACUCCACCUUUCUCCUUUGGACUGUAUUUGUUUAAAAAAUCCCCAAAUUUCCACUGCUUCCAUUUAAAAAAUCCCAAAUAGGUGUCACCCUCAAGAUAAGCUUGGUUCCCUACACAUUCCACUCCUUUCCCUUAGACUGGCUCGAAAAAAAACCCACCAAAUUUCUCCACAUUGCUCCUUCCAAGAGCAGGCAUCAUAUUUUAAAAAAAAACCUCCAAGAGGUGCCACUCACAAUACCAGCUUGGUUCCCUGCACAUUUCACUCCCUUCCCUUGGACUGGCUUGAAAAAACAAACCCAAAUUUCUCCACACGACUCCUUGCAUGAGCAGGCACGGUAGAACAAAAACCCAAGUAGGUGUCACCCUUAAGACGAGCUUGGUUCUCCACACCUUCCACUCCCUUCCCUUGGACUGCCUUUAGAAAAUACCCACAUUUCUCCUCACUGCUCCUUCCAAGACCAGGCACCAUAUUAAAAAAAAAAAACCAAAUAGGUGCCACCCUUAAGACGAGCUUGGUUCCCCACACAUUUCCUCCCCCUUCCCAAAAUUUCCACACGACACCUUCCAAGAGCAGCCACCAUAUAACAAAAACCCAAGUAGGUGUCACUCUCAAGACAACCUUGAUUCGCAACACUUUUCAUCCCCUUCCCUUGGACUGGGUUGGGAAAAAAAACCAAACCCAAAUUUCCACACACCACUGCUUCCAAGAGCAGGCACCAUAUAACAAAACCCACCCUCAAGACGAGCUUGGUUCCUUCCAAGAGCAGGCAACCUAAAAGAAAACCCCAAGCAGGUGUCACCCUCAAGACCAGCUUGGUUCCCCACACACGACUCCCGCCUAAAAUAAAACCCCAAAGAGGUGUCGCCAGCUUGGUUCCCCCUCACACUUCCACCUCCCUCCCUUGGACUGCUUCGAGGGGGGGAACCACCAUAAUAAAAACACCCCACUCGGUGCCAGCCCCAUUGAGAGCUUGGGCGCCCCUUGGCUCCUCCCUCCUCUUCGCGCGCCUGCUUUCCCUGCCUGCCUGCCUCCCCUCCUCCCUGCCUUCUCCCUCGAGAGUCUUUGUUGCUGUUUAAAGUCAGACAAUGAGGCGCGGGGAAACUCCCCUCAGCCGCCGGAGGGGAGGCGCCGCCGCGCUGUAGCGCCCACCACAAAGGAGGAGGAGGAGGAGGAGGAGGAGGGAGCGGGAGGAGGGAGGGGAAGCUUGGCGGCCGGCUGGCUCUCCCUCUGCCGCCCUCCGGCCCCUCCAUGCUGUGGCCCGCUCUCCUCCCGGAGCGCCCCGCCGGAGCCUUCCCUCCUCUUCCUCCUCCUCCGUCGCCUCCUCCUCCUCCUCCGCCGCCGCCUCCUCCUCCGCCUGCCCUAGAAUGUUGCGGCAGGUCCUGCACAGGGGGCUGAGAUCGUCGUUCGCCAGACUCGGGCACUUCGUGGCCAGCCACCCGGUCUUCUUCGCCUCGGCGCCCGUCCUGCUCUCCAUCUUGCUGGGCGCCAGCUUCAGCCGCUACCGGGUGGAGGGCAGCGUGGAGCACCUGCUGGCCCCCAAGCACAGCCUGGCCAGGAUCGAGCGCAACCUGGUCAACAGCCUCUUCCCGGUCAACCGCUCCAAGCACCGGCUCUACUCCGACCUGCAGACGCCCGGGCGCUACGGGAGGGUCGUCGUCACCUCCUUCGUCAAGGCCAACAUGCUGGACCAGCACCACGCCGACCUGAUCCUCAAGUUGCACUCUGCUGUGACCAGGAUCCAAGUACAAAGACCAGGUUUCAAUUACACAUUUGCCCAUAUCUGCAUCCUAAAUAAUGACAAGUCUUGCAUAGUGGAUGAUAUUGUGCACAUCCUGAAGGAACUGAAGGCUGCUCGCAUGUCUAAUCAAACAAAUUUUGCCAUCACAUACCCAAUCACGCACUUAAAGGAUGGCAGGGAAGUGUACAAUGGACACCAACUUGGCGGUGUCACCGUCCACAGCAAAGACCGGGUGAAGUCUGCUGAAGCCAUUCAACUCACAUAUUACUUGCAGGCAAUCAACUCCCUGAAUGAUAUGGUGGCAGAAAAAUGGGAAUCCAACUUCUGUGACACUGUUGAACUUUUCCAGAAAUCCAACCGGAAUGUCACGAUGUAUCCUUUCACUUCAUCAUCUCUUCAAGAAGAUUUCCAGAAGACAAGCAUAGUGUCAGAACGCUACCUGACCACAAGCUUGGUCCUUGUGGUAACGUUGGCCAUGCUUUGUUGUUCCAUGCAAGACUGUGUCCGCAGCAAACCCUGGCUUGGUCUCCUUGGGUUGUUAACUGUGAGUUUGGCCACUCUCACUGCAGCUGGAAUCAUUAAUCUGACUGGUGGGAAAUACAAUUCUACCUUCCUGGGAAUUCCCUUCAUCGUAUUAGGUCAUGGAUUAUAUGGAACUUUUGAAAUGUUGUCCUCCUGGAGGAAAACUAGAGAAGACCAACACGUGAAAGAGAGAACUGCAGCUGUAUUUGCAGACUCCAUGCUUUCCUUUUCUCUCACCACUGCCAUGUAUCUGGUCACCUUUGGAAUAGGUGCCAGCCCCUUCACUAACAUUGAAGCAGCCAGGCUCUUCUGCUGCAAUUCCUGUAUUGCAAUUUUCUUCAACUACCUCUAUGUGCUCUCCUUUUAUGGUUCCAGCCUCGUGUUUACUGGCUACAUAGAAAACAACUACCAGCAUAGCAUCUUCUGCAGAAAGGUACCAAAGCCAGAGGUCUUGCAAGAGAAGCCUGCCUGGUAUAGGUUUCUUCUGACAGCCAAAUUCAGUGAGGACACUGCAGAGUCAGAGGAGACAAACAGUUAUGAAAGUCACCUUUUGGUGUGUUUCCUCAAGCGUUAUUACUGCGACUGGAUAACGAACACAUAUGUCAAGCCUUUUGUAGUUCUCUUUUACCUUAUUUAUAUUUCCUUUGCCUUAAUGGGCUACCUGCAGGUCAAUGAAGAGUCAGACCUUAGGAACAUUGUAGCAACUGCAACACGAACAAUGGAGUACACUGCAGCUCAGCAGAAAUACUUCAGCAAUUACAGCCCAGUCAUUGGGUUUUAUAUCUAUGAGUCCAUAGAAUACUGGAACAUAACCGUUCAAGAGGACAUGCUAGAGUACACCAAGGGAUUUGUGCGGAUAUCUUGGUUUGAGAGCUAUUUAAAUUACCUUAGAAAACUCAACAUAUCAACUGGAUUACCCAAAAAGAAUUUCACAGAUAUUCUAAGGAACUCCUUCCUGAAAGCACCCCAGUUUGCCCAUUUUUCAGAGGAUAUCAUUUUUUCCAAGAAAUACAACAAUGAAGUCGACAUUGUGGCCUCUCGAAUGUUCCUGGUUGCUAAGACUAUGGAUACUAAACGAGAAGAGCUUUAUCAUCUCCUGGAAACCUUAAGAAAGCUCUCUCUCAAGUCCAAGGUUAAAUUCAUUGUUUUCAACCCAUCAUUUGUAUACAUGGAUCGUUAUGCCUCCUAUAUGGGAGCCCCCUUGCAAAACUCCUGCAUUAGUGCUUUAUUCCUGCUCUUCUUCUCUGCGUUUCUGGUGGCAGACUCUCUCAUCAAUGUAUGGCUCACACUCACUGUUGCCUCAGUUGAAUUUGGAGUUAUAGGUUUUAUGACCUUGUGGAAAGUCGACUUGGACUGUAUUUCUGUAUUGUGCUUAAUUUAUGGGAUUAAUUAUACAGUUGACAACUGUGCACCUCUCUUGUCAACCUUUGUCCUGGGCAAAGAUUUCACAAGAACUAAAUGGGUAAAGAAUGCCCUGGAAGUGCACGGGGUAGCUAUUUUACAGAGCUACCUCUGCUACAUUGUUGGUCUAAUUCCUCUCGCAGCUGUGCCUUCAAAUCUGACCCGUACACUGUUCAGGUGCUUGUUUUUGAUAGCAUUAGUCACCUUCUUUCAUUGCUUUGCCAUUUUACCUGUGAUACUGACUUUUGUGCCACCAUCCAAGAAAAAACGGAAAGAGAAGAAAACUCCUGAGAACCGGGAGGAAAUAGAGUGCGUUGAAAUGGUGGAUAUGGAUAGUACUCGAGUGGUUGACCAAAUCACAACAGUCUGACUAGUUGGUUUGUUUUCCUUUUUUAAAAACCCUAGGUAUUUCCAAGAGAAGAAAAUCAUAUUGAUUAUAUAACAAAGGGGUUUGGAUGUCUGUUUUCAAAUUAAAACCAGGAGCAUCCAAAACAGCCUGUGAAGGCGGGAAGGGGAUAACUGCACAUCGGUUGGCCUUCACAUUAAAAGUAUAGUGAAAUUUACAUUCACCCAAUACAAUACAAUGCAAAUGUCAAUUUGAGUUGCUACCUGAGAUAAGAUAAUAGAGGUGGGUGAUUAAAUAGGAUACCGCUGUGUCUACCCUGCAGAUGCCGCUGCCCUUGCGGCAGUAUGCCAGCACAUUGAAAGGUCAACUGUCAAGGCUGAAGGAGCAGUAAGUGUACAUUUUGGACACAGAGGCUAUGGAAAACAUUCAGUCUAGCAAUAACUCAAGUCCAUGAGUCACCUAUUAUGGAUCUUAGCCAUCACAUUUAACUUUUUUUUUUCUCUCCCUCCCCCCUCCUAUUUUUUCCAAAUGGAAAUAUAUAUGCAAUUAUGUAAAAAAAAACACAAAACAAAAUAAGAAAGACCAAGAAUAUCAAAUUGACCUAAGGAUAAAUACAGCUAAUACUGUCAAGAUAGGGUCGUGUUGCAGUUGCCUUUUUCUGAAUAGAUAUUUUAAAGUGUAAUGAAUUCCCAGUAUAUUUUUAAUAUAACAUGAUUUUGUAGCAUUUCUUUUUUAAAAACAAUCGUGAUAAUUAAUCAUAUGUUUUAUGACAUAUACAUGCACAUGGUCUUAGUUCUCUGAUACAGCUCCAGUCUCUGAAUGUGUUUGCAUAAUUUAAGAUAUCUGUUUUAAUGAUGCUAUAUUUUGUAGCACUCUUCAGUAUGCUAGGGAUUUAGUGGCAUGUUAGAGAAAGACGUACUUCACUACCAGAAUCCAUGAAACAAGCCUCAGAUGCCUAAAUUUCAUCAAGGAAAUGUGAAUGUUAGGACACGUUUCAAAAGAAGAGUCAUUUACUAGUAGUUCAUGCUAAGGGGAUCAAUGUGCUGUGCUGCUUUAUGUAGGCCACAAUCCUUAGAUAGUAAUUUCUAUUUCUGUAAUCUACUAUAGACUAUGAGUCAUGGAAAUGAGUUGAGCGACUUUGGAAGAAGUGGCUUUUGAACUCUAAAAUAUUACAAUCUUCCCUAAGGUAAUGUUAAAAGUAGAUGUCCUAAAAAGAAUGGAUAAGAAUGGAUUCCAUACCUGUUCUUAUGAAAGAUCUCUUUAGUAUAGAAGCCAAAGACAGAUGGAAACCAAUUUUAUGGACAGAUAUUUAAUAUUCUGGAAAUGAUCUAUCCCAGAAAAGUUGACAUCUCUGAAACUUUCAAAGCAGAGUAACAUAAUACUAUAUUUCCUUAUCAUACUCAUAUCUGUGACCUAUAAGAAAUUAUGAUAAGCUUUAAUGACAGUUAGCAACCAAUUCCUGUAAUGUUUAUAAUGGUACUACAAUAUACUGUUAAGAGCAUCUGGGACUGAACAUGAUGAUUAUUUACCUCCCUCGAAGUAGAUAACAGUAUAAUUGUACUGGUCUGCUGAUCUAUCAGAUCUGUAGCCAGCCCUCCACAGUUGCUGGGGUUACGGACACAGGACCCCGUGAAGGUGAAAAACUGAAUAAAGAAAUUCUAUUUUUUUUAACUUAAGAGAAUCUGUCUAGGGAGUUCUAGGUUUUUGAGCAGAACACUAUGAUGAAAUUCAGCGGGAAGCUGAAUGCAUUGGAGGACCUACUGAUUCCUAGAAAUAUGUUCUCUCUAGAAAUCUCAUGGUUUUCCAGCAAGACUGGAGGACGUUGACCAUAGUCCAGGCAUGGGUAAACUUUGGCCCUCCAGAUGUUUUGGACUUCAACUCUUAGAAAUCCCAGCCAGCUUACCAGCUGUUAGAAGGGAGUUGAAGUCCUUCAUACCUGGGGAGCUGAAGUUUGACCAUGCCUGAUAUAGUCACACUAGAGAACCUAAAAAUCCUUAAAGAUAACAUUUUUAAUCAAGUCCAUAAACAAUCAAAUCUGCAAAAGUCAAAACUGCAAAUGUGAAGGGAUGAACAUCAAACCAGAAUUUUCUUUCACUUAGUCCUCCAUUUGGCUUGUAAAGGCUUUCCGUUUAUCUUUCUUGGGUAAGAAAUGGUCAAGAUACCUCUUAAUUCUGUCCCAAUGGUUUCUGCUAAUUCCACACAGGUAAGAGCUUCUGCACUGGUUCACUUAUAAUUGUUCUCAUAUAUAAUUAGCACUGCAGUGAAUCAGACCGAUUUUUAAUGCCACAGAUGAGAAACUGUAUCGACUGUUAGACUUCCACAAAUAGCUUCCCAGUGAAAAAGAAUAUUUCCACUAGAGGAAAAGGUGGAGUGAACUUUUAUGUAUUAUUAGUGCUUCAUUUGGAUUUUUCUCCAAAAAAAACUUGUUAAGGGCUUACAAGAGCUAUAAAUUAUUUCCUAUAAUUCUAGAAACUAACAAAAAAAUUUGGCUUUCCUGAUAGGUGUUCCCAAGAGCCUGUGGUUUGUACAAAGUUGAAGGCUGAACAGAUUGCACCAAUGGCUACAUUGAAUUGAUGUGGUGGUUAGCUACAGUCUUUUUUGUUCAUUUUUCCGCUUUGAUAGUGGAGCUUGUUUUGUCACUGUUCAUCUCUUGGGUAUCUGUACGUAUGUACAAGUUCUGAUGUUUUGUUUCAAUCGAAAAUAUGUUAUCAUUCUUGCCAGCAUGAAAGGUGUUCACGCAGGAAAAUUUGGGGUCCUUGCCAAGCAUUUCUCUGUCCCAAAAUGGAAAUCUCACUCUCCCAGAGGUUUGACAAGCUGCUAUGAUUAAUAUGCAGUUCUAACCAGAAACUGUAAUGCAAGUUCCCUCCUUGAAAUCUCAAUGAAUUUGAUAGCAUCUUUGUUCUUCAUGGAGAAUAACUGAACCUAGUACAAAUUAAAGGUUGAGGAGUGAAGUUCUCCCUCCAAGUUCGCCCUGGAAAAUAAUGUAUGUGUCAUGAGUGUGGGUGAAAAUUUAAAAUGAUUCAUAUCAUCCUCAUCAUCAUUUACAGUUCCUGUUCUGCAUUGCCCAGAUUAUGUUCCAUUUAAACCUUUAGUCCACAGAAAUUGAUGUUUGUUUUUCAAAGCUUACAAAAUCUUAGCACACACUCACAUACAAACAUGCCUGUUCCUAAGCUAGAUGCUGACAGGAUUUCAAAUUUGGCUCCAAAGCAGAGAGCAAAGAACUCAAUGGAAGGACAUUCACUCUUAAAUCUCAGUGGAAUUAAUGGGGCUUUUUGGUGGUAUGUGGCCACUGAGUUGAAAUCUUACACAGUCUGUAAUCUGUCUUUGCAUUUUCAAAAUACUACCCACUUUGCUUAAAUGCUUUUAGCUUAAAAGGCCAUUGUUGCAUUAAGCAUUCACAUUUACUAUAACUCAUUGGUCUGAGCAGAGUUUUGCAUUUUUCCCCUGUGAACAAAAAAAGUGAACCUAAUUGACUCUGUUUAGCAAGUUCAUUCACACUAGUCUUUCUAGAGAUGUCAUUGCCUAUGGAGACUUCAGUGGAAGUUCAUUCUCAGUAUACAAGCAGUUUGAAUCUAGUGGGAAAUGCAAGAAGAAAAACUGAAGCAGCAAAAAAAAAACAUGCCCAGAAUUUUGUUGUAAGAAAUCUAAAUUAAAAGAGGACUAAACUCAAAAGAUCUGGGGGGGGGGGAGGCUCUUUGGCAAAGGAAAUUUGAUUUUUUUUUUCAAAAUGCCAAACUUCCUAAAUAAAUCUAGACCUAGAAAAGCUUCAUGACAUCCAGAAUAGAAUGUUGCAAUGAAAGUUCCAAAAGUUCCAAAUUCUUAUUGCAUCCUCAAGUGACACAAAACCAGUUUUAAUAAUGUUUUAUUUUAUCCCAAAAUCUGGAAGAGUCAACAUUUGAAAGAUGUUUUAAAAGUCAGGUUACAAAAGAGAGUAGUCACUGCUACAUUCAAUCUCAUUUUAAAGUUAAGAUUGAAAUCCUCGAAGUCACCCACUCACUGAAUCUACUUAGUUUGGUGUUUGUAAUUGCUUGAAAUUGCACAGUAAAUCUAUUAGGGGGGAUUGGAGGCAUAAAAAUUGAGACCAUAAGAAGUGCUAUCUUGGAUCAGACUAAAUGCCUAUUUAGUCCAGCAUUGUGACCACAGUCCAAUCAGGUGGCUAUAGCUAUCUCCAUAGCAGCACACAUGUACAGGACUUCCUUUCAGCACGUGUUCCUCACCAGGCAUGCACACUACCACUGAUGUUUGCAAUACGAGUUGAGUAUCCCUUACCUGGAAUUAAAAAAUAUGAAAUACUCCAAAACUCAGAAUAGCCUACAUGGAUGCUCUAAAAGUGACACCUUCACUUUAUAUUGGUUCAGCUGGGUAUAAAAUUGCUUUCAGGCUAUGUGUAUAAGAUGUAUAUCAUCAGACUAUUUGUAUAAGCGUCCCAUAUCCAAGGUAUGUCAUAUAAGUAUAUGCAAAUACAGUAGAGUCUCACUUAUCCAAGCUAAACGGGCCGGCAGAAGCUUGGAUAAGCGAAUAUCUUGGAUAACAAGGAGGGAUGAAGGAAAAGCCUAUUAAACAUCAAAUUAGGUUAUGAUUUUACAAAUUAAGCACCAAAACUUCAUGUUAUACAACAAAUUUGACAGAAAAAGUAGUUCAAUACACAGUAAUGUUAUGUUGUAAUUACUGUAUUUACGAAUUUAGCACCAAAAUAUCACGAUAUAUUGAAAACAUUGACUACAAAAAUGGCUUGGAUUAUCCAGAGGCUUGGAUAAGCGAGGCUUGGAUUAGUGAGACUCUACUGUAUUACAAAAUCUGGAAGAAAAAUCCAAAAAUGUUGAACACCUAUGGCCCCAUGUAUUUCAGAUAAGGGAUAUUCAGUCUAGCCUUGUGACUUUUAGUUUUUGAGAGCUUUUUCUGCCAUGAGAUUGCUUCUGUUAUAUGGGAAGGGACUGCCAAGAAUUCAAGCUAAAGACCUGAGACAGAGUUUUGAAGUAUUUAUUUACUUGUAAUUCAAUACAUUUUGGAAUGUUAAUGUCAUUCUCCUGUACAUACUUCCAACACAAUUAACAAUAAUUAGUAUUUAUGCCAAUUGUGGCAAGACACAAUAGUCUCUGAUUAUAUUAAAAAUGUUGCCCCCCCCACACACACACACACAAUAUCACUUCGUCUGUUUUAACCUGGGGCCCCUUUUAAUUGCACAUAGAGCCAUUGUUUCAGUUUAAAUCUCAUGUUUCCAUCCUUCAGACCUACAAUGAGAAUCUGAUUUUUUAGAAGAGCCAGCAUGAUACAGUGUUUGGGAUGUUGGAUUACAGCUAUGGAGACCAGAAUUUGAAUCCCCAUUCCACCAUGGAAACCCAUGGGGUGGCCCUGGGCAAAUUUCAUUCUCAGCCUUAGAGGAAGGCCGUGGCAAAUUCCCUCUGAAUUUUCAACUCUUGAUUUGAAGGCACACAAUAAAGAAUCUAUUUGGAGGAUUGGCAUCACUUUCAGUUUGGGGAGUAGAUUUAGCCUUCAGUCCCAAGAUAAGAACAUAAGACCAGCACAACUUCUACAAAAUGCUCCAGGAAACCACCUGGAAGUGCUAGUAGCUUUAUUCGAGAUCACACAAUUUGUGUGACUUGUGUCCUGUUAGGUUUCCAUGGGAAGUGUUGGAAAGAUCAGGAGACUAGACUACAGAAACUGCAGGAGACACUAAAGAUGGUUGAGUGGCUGUAAUGACUUAAGUUUUGAGAUCUUUUUUGCAAGUUACUUUCAUGCAUGCCAUUCAUAAGUUCAGAAUAGCAUGUAAUGCACUAGAUGUAAUGCAAUUAAAUACAUUCUUUGUUAAGUUUCAACUUCUUUUUAAAGUAUGGAUGAACUGCUUUCAUUGCAUCCACUUAAGCUCCGAUGUCAAGAGUGAUGAAUUCAAAUUCUUCCCAUAGUAUAAAACUGCUGAUAAUUUCUCUGCACCACAGCCACAUAUCAAAUGAAUUUUAAAAAACACACAAUCAAACCAGGUCAUGAGCAGGCUUUAAAUAUAUGUCAGUAAGAACAUAAUAAUAAUAAAAUAAAACUUUAUCUAUACCCCGCCACCAUCUCCCUGUGGGGACUCGGGGCGGCUCACAAUGUUACAAAAGUAACAGUGCAAAUACAUUAACAAUACACACAGUUUAAAACACAAGAAGAUGAUAAAACAGAAGUUAAAACAAAGGUUUAUACAACAGUAAUAAUAUCAAACAAUAUAAAAUAAUAUCAAACAACCACCAAUGCCAUUCAGUCAACUUCAAAGGUUGGGGGGGGGGGGAACUAUAGCAGCAAUAUAAGAUAAAAUCAUUAGAUUAAAAUACCCUGAUGAAAGGAACCUAAUAACAUUCAGAAUAGAAUUAUAAUGAGGCUGGUCAUCCAAUGGCUGUCUCUCCAAAGGCCAGCCCAAACAUCCAGGUUUUCAAUUGUUUCUUGAAGGAUGGUAGGGAGAGCGCCAUCCUAAUCUCCCUGGGGAGGGAGUUCCAGAGCCGAGGGGCCACAGCCGAGACGACCCUCACAACAUCCUGACAGCCUUCAGACUUGCUUAGCUUGGAUAGUGGGCAGCAAGCAGAAUGUAUGGUGCCCACUAGACAAGAUGUGCCGUUUACCCUGUUCCUCUUUGUGAGCAUUUGCCAAAUGGUGGUAAUGACAGCAAACUCUUAGAAUACAGUAAGAAACAUCCAAAUUCUCUUGGACAGCAAAUCCAAGCAGCUUGGGCCAGCACAGCUGGUGGUGAUGUUUGCUACAACUUGUGUGCCAACAUCUAGAAAGUCACAAGAUUCCCAUCCCUCUAUAAGGCAAGUGUGGAGAACACGUGACAAAUAAGUGAAAUGUAGAUAUCAGGCUUCCUUCCUUCUUUUGAGUGUUGUCCUCUCAUUCUAUUUAUAUAUCUAUUUACAAAAUUAAGGAGAAAAAGUUGGGAUCACUGCCCAAGGCAUGUUGACUAAGAGCCCCUCUUUUUGAAAGAAGCCCAGGCACAGUGGCCAGUGUGAAAAUUGUGAUGAGUAAAGAGUCAGUGCUUAAUCAUGUGUUGCUUAAUUUAUCAAAGCACAGGAGGUAGAACAUUGACCAACUAUUACAUGUUCAUUCUGGAUGAAUAUGAAUACAGUCACCUUCUGAAGCCACAUUUAACCUAAAAUUUUCAAGAUUGCUUUUUUUAUUCCAAGUUACCUAAAUUGGCCUUGAAAUCUGGUACCAAUUAAUUCCUGCGUUUCCUAAAAUCAUAGAGCUGAAAGGGACAGCAAGAGCCAUCUAGCCCAAUAUCUAUCAUGCAGAAAUGAAUAACUAAAGCACUCCAGGGAGAUUAAUGUUAACCCUCUGUUUAGACAUCCAAAGUAGGAGAGACCACCACCACACUCCAAGGCAGGAUAUUCCACUGUCAAACGGAUCUUCCUGUCACAAAGUUCUUCCUAAUGUUUAGGUGAAAUGUUUUUUCUUGUAAUUUGAAUCCACUGAUUUGUGAUCUAGUCUGUAUAGCAGCAAAACAAACUUACACCAUUUUCUGUGUUACAUCCAUUUACAUAUUUAAAGAUAUUUAUCUAGAAGAAUGCCCCUUUUAGGAUGACUUUAGACAUAACUUUCUCUUUCUUUUCUUAGCAGUGUAUUUCCAUCUGAAGCUAAAUCCAAUUGUUAGUCCCACUGAAUCAGUACGUCAAUACCUAAGUAAAUUUUACAGAUUCAAUAAUCUAAUAUCAGAGUUCAGAUCUGAAUACUGAGCCACACAAGUUUAUGAUUAUUCCUCUGUGGCAUCAGUUUGACUUGAAGGAACAUCUUGAGGGUAAGAUAUAGGAGCAACCUCCAUUUGCUUUUGGAAAUUGGCAAGCAGAAGCACCUCAAGAGAAAGAAUUAGACCCUCAAGAACAGUGCUAUAGUGUAAACAGUGACAGUGAAGAACUCGAUGUAACAUUCAUUCAGACAAUGAAUCUAGUUUAUUGCUUUCCCUUGUCCUUCAGAAGGAAAUGGAGCCUGGCUAUUUUUAAACAUUGGCUUGCUCAAUACUUUGCCAAAUAUAAUAUUCUAGUCAAACAUAUGCAGGAAAUUUCCACUGGGGAAAUUAGUCUGGUGCCUCAAACAUUGCACCUCUAUGGGUGAUAGUCCACCAAAAAAAUUGUAGGAACUUGCCUUGUGACCAUCACCCCUAGACAUUAAGGCUAAAGUUUGGUUGAAUGCCAUGCCCUCUACUUUGGAAGAGACCUUUUCCUUUGCUUUAAGUGUGUUAAGUCACCGCAAGAAUGCUUAUGCUUUCUUCUAUUCUUAUUUUAAACUAUCCUAAAAGCUUGAUUGCAAGGCCUUAUCCCAGUUCUAAAAAAGAAAAAUAAUCUGCAUAGUUGAAGCAUGAGCAUGCCACCCCACUCGGUCUAUAAGACAACUAGCAUGGGUGUAAAUCUGAUAGUGCCUAUGCCAAAUAUUUUAUUUUUAUAAAUGUAUUUAUUUGAAUUCAUAUAUCACCUUUCUUUGAAAAUAUUUGGAACACUACAGGUUGAGUUUCUCAACCAAAAUGCUAGGAACCAGACAUGUUUCAUAUUUCUGGGUUUUAACCCUAGAUUUUUGAAUAUAUACAUAAUGAAAGUAUUUUGGAGAUGGCAUCCAAGUCUAAACAGGAAAUUCGUUUAUGUUUCACAUAUACCAUAUGCACUAACCUGGAGGUAAUUUGAUACACAGGGUUUUUCAAUAAUUUAGUGCAUGAAAUGAAGUUUAUGUAUAUUGUGAAUGCAAAGGUGUCACUUUCUCAGCCACCCAAGGACAAUUUCAGAGUAUUUCAGAUUUCCAGAUAAGUGAUACUCAAUGUAUACAACAGAAACAUAAACUAUAAAAUAAUAUACAUGAUUAAAAACAGAAAACAACACAAAUAUUUAAGAUAUCCUUAAAAGUCAAAUUAUAAAAAUACAUUUUGAAACUUUUGCUAAAAACAGGCAAUCGUACCAGUAAAUGUGAUGGAACUGUUUUGGGAGUAACAAAAGGGGGGUUCCUUUUGUAUCAGAUGAGAGAGAACUGUAUCUUGAAGUAACACAACCAAAGAGGCCUCUCCUGUAAAUCCUAAUAAUAGGAUGGGUUGAUCAUGAAACAGGCUCUCCCUUAGAUUAGAUGCCCAUUUAGUUCACCUACACCUUCAUAUGUCAAGAUAAACUGAUUUUGAUCCCUGGAACCAUAGAUUGGCUCUGAGCUUAAUUUUAUUUCUUUUCUUUUCAACAAGCCAGACCAGUGAUUUUAAAGGAUGGUCUUUACUCUUCUACUAGCUUUUCUAUAAGGUGAAGUCAAAAGUAAUUCUCUAAAAUUUCUGUGACAAGCACUUCUUAAGCUGUGCAAACUGUUGCAAGGUGCAUUUCAAAGAAACCACCACUUCUACUCCUGACCUCUAACUUUGGAGUCCUUUCAGAUGACAUUUCAUGAGUAGCCUACUGUGUCAUCAAUUGUGAAUAGAAUUGUAAAUUUAUUGUGAGUCAGUUAUUGACUAACGAAUAUUUUAGUGGUGUAGAGCAUGGAGAAAUCUUGGUGUUGCCAGCCCAUUAUCUAACAAUGCUUCUUGGUUCCCUUUGAUCCAUGAAUUCAUACUUUGGUCAUUGUGCAUCACAUUGCUGUGCUGGUGUGUCCAAAAUGAUUUAAUUUAGAAUCCUUUCAACAGCCCUGUUCCCCCAAUGUGAACAGCUACAGGAUAAAACUAUGUCGUGAAAAGAACAUGAAAAAUGGGAUAUAGUUCUCCAAUACAAUGUUAAGAAAUAAGACAUCUUUGCAUUUAACCCAUAUAAAGCAGGAGCAGGAAAUGUGUUAUCAACAACUUUUCUUGGACUGCCAUCCACAACAGGCAAAAAACAGUCUGUAGUGAGGCAUCAUAGGAGUUGCAGUCCAGCAACAUUCAGAAAUACAUAUUCCCCUCCCCAUGCAACAUGACAACAUUCACAUAGCAAGUGUUGAUUGUCUGACGCUUUCUGCCAUCAUUGCUCAAAAAAUAUUCGCUGAAUUAAUCAGAAUGAGCUUCAUUUACCAACAGCAGUCCUCAAGUGCUUAGUCUGAUUAAUCCUAGCCUUUUACAGUACUGGUCAUGUUGCAGAAAGUUUUCUAAAUGUUGUGGCUUUUCUUCUAAAACAAGAGGUGGAAUCCAGCAAGUGAGCUAGGUGCAAACAAAAAGCACUUACUGGAAAAGUAUAAAUAGAAAAACCUAUCUAAAUUGGCUAGAUUUGGUGCAUACUGUUUAUGCUGAAGAGUAAAAACCAGAGAUUUCUGGAACCUUGGCAGUUGACCUUCCAUUAGUAAGAACAUUGGAGAUGUGUAAACCCUGUACAGUGGCCGAUCAUAACCCUCCUCCUCAUGCUUUGUGAAAAACAUAAGAUUGCUUGGCACUUGUAUGCAAUGCACAUAAAGAUCUGGGCCUGCUCAGCCUGGACUGCAGAACCAGAUGUUAGGAGCAUGAAGGUACAAUGUUAGACUUGCUCUACAUAGUCAAAACUGAACCUAGUCAUCACCGUGCACCUUCCUUCAUGAAUUGUCAAACUAGUCCUGUCAUUCAUGUUGAGUAGACCCAGGGAUGAAAUUUUAAUCUCCCUUGAAAGUUCUUGUGCAUCCAAAUUAACUCCAUGAAUAUUAAUAUUGUCAAGCUUUCAGUAAGCAUGAAGGAGGAAAAUCUCAGGUGACAAAGUAAUACAAUGAAAUUUAUUAUUAUUAUUAAUAUUAUUAUUAUUAUUAUUUUGCUAGGAAGUUUUGGGGAUUCUUCAGCCACUGAGGAAAGAUAGUAGUAUCCCUUGGGGGGAGGGGAUAAGUUUCAAAAGGCUGCAGUUUAUUUUAUGUCUUCAACGAGUAUGUUUCUUCUGAUUUUUUCUUCUCCCUUUCAAAAUCCCCAGGAUUCAGUCACUAUGGUUUAAUGGCUCCCCUAACACUCUUUUGCAAUUGUAAGCACUCAGGGGUUUCACUGAAAAAGGGUGGCUGGAUGCAGCUUCAGGACUUAUUGUAUCCUACAGAGUUAUGUAAUUAUGCACCAACAGCUGAAAGGACACAAUUUUAAGUCAACCUGUUGUGACAGACACUGUGUAAUGUCAUACAAUCAAAUGCAAUGUUUAGUAAACAUAAAUCUCUUUGUCA